AUGUCGUCGCUUUUUAAACCGUUUUCAUGCGAAGGAACGCGCAAAGAUCGUGGGGAUGCAGCCGAGCAUCACCCAUUUCAUCAUCCUCCGUCUCAGCUGCUGUCUGCCGCCACAGGGCUGGGCUCUCUGCCGCUCUACCAGCGCUCAUACGCGGCCAGAAGAAAUCUGGCGGCCGCUGCUGUCGGAGGAAGGAAAAUAACGCAUCCUGGAAAAGCUAUAUUAGCAGGUGGCCUUGCUGGAGCAAUAGAAAUCUGUAUCACAUUUCCCACGGAGUAUGUGAAGACCCAACUGCAGCUGGAUGAGAGAGCAAACCCACCCCGGUACAGGGGCAUUGGUGACUGUGUGAAGCUGACCGUGCAGGAUCAUGGGCUCAGAGGGUUGUAUCGAGGGCUCAGCUCUUUGCUUUACGGAUCAAUACCAAAGUCUGCAGUCAGAUUUGGCACAUUUGAGAUGCUCAGUAACCCUAUGCGUGACUCCACGGGCCGUUUGGAUAACAAGCGAAGUCUUGUGUGUGGGCUCGGAGCAGGGAUUGCAGAGGCCGUUUUAGUGGUUUGUCCAAUGGAGACACUGAAGGUGAAGUUAAUCCACGAUCAAAGCUCACUUAGACCUCGAUACAGAGGUUUUUUUCAUGGAGUUAGUGAAAUUAUACGAGAACAAGGAAUAAGAGGCACAUAUCAAGGUCUGACGGCAACUGUGCUAAAGCAGGGAACAAAUCAAGCAAUUAGAUUUUAUGUGAUGACAUCUUUGCGGAAUUGGUACAAAGGUGAUGAUCCCAGAAAAGAAAUGCACCCUAUUGUCACUGCAAUGUUUGGAGCGACAGCUGGAGCUGCCAGUGUUUUUGGAAAUACUCCUCUUGAUGUAGUGAAGACAAGAAUGCAGGGAUUGGAAGCACAUAGAUACAGAAACACAUUUGACUGCGCCUUUCAGAUCAUGAAGCAUGAGGGGCCGCAGGCUUUCUACAAGGGGACAGUGCCCCGGCUGGGCCGAGUGUGCCUGGACGUAGCCAUCGUCUUUGUAAUCUAUGAAGAAGUCGUCAAACUACUCAACAACGUAUGGAAGACCCAGCAGUAA